GUCCACUGAAGAAAUCCCAGAAUCCCCCGCGCCGCUUGCUGAGAAGGUGACAGGGGACGGUAAACAUGGCCUCUGCCUUUCUUACUCACCACCAAAAGGUGUUGCGGCUUUACAAAAAAUCUCUCAGACACAUUGAGUCAUGGAGCGACAACAGACACAAUUACAGGUUCCAUGCUUGCGUUCUACGGGGUCGCUUCGAUGACAACAAAGGAGAGAAGGACAUGGUGAAGGCCACCAUGCUGCUGAAGGCAGGAGAGGAGGAGUUCUGGAAAAAACAGCACCCCCAGCCCUACAUCUUCCCAGACUCCCCCGGAGGGACGGCCUACGAGAGAUACGAGUGCUACAAGGUCCCUGAGUGGGUUCUGGAAAACUGGCAUCCCUCAGAGAAGGCCGAGUACCCGGACUACUUCUCCAAGAGAGAAGAGUGGAAGAAACUGAGGCUGGAGAGCUGGGACAAAGAGAUCGCCCAGUUGCAGGCUGAGAGUGGAGCCGUCGGGCCCAAGACUGAAGCCCUCCCCCCCGCCCGCAAAGAGGGAGAACUCCCCCCUCUGUGGUGGCAGAUCGUCACCCGCCCCAGGUGGCAAGGCACAUAAACCCCCCUCUACCUCCUCCUGAGUGGAAAGCCCUGUCCACCACACAACACCAUCAGCACGGACUCCUGGCAUCACCUCUUCAGGUUGCAGAGGAAUCAACCUGUCUGAAUUUACUCUGAUCCUUCAGUAGUCAGUUAAAGGAGGUUUGUGAAUUUGGUCUUGUAGAUGUAUCAAUCAAAACCUGUAACUGUUCCAAUAAAUAUAUAUAUAUAAUGUAAA